AUGCUAAAAUCGAUGAGUAUUAAAAACAAACUCCAGAAAAAUUUGUUGAAGGAAUUCAAGAAUGAUGAUGAGAAAAAUUUUGUGAAUCCACAUGAAGGAGAUAAAGCAAGCAUAUUACAAGAGACAAGAGUGUUUUCUAGUUAUCCUUUGAAUACACAAAAGUGUUUACAGAUAUUGACAAAAAUAUUAUAUUUAAUAAAUAAAGGAGAUGAUAUAUUAACAAGUCAAGAAUGUACUGAUAUAUUUUUUAGUAUUACCAAAUUAUUUCAAUCAAAUAAUGAGAGAUUAAGAAGAAUGAUAUAUUUAUUAAUAAAAAAUUUGCCUGUAAAUGAAAAAGAAAUAUUUAUAGUAACAAGUUCAUUAACUAAAGAUAUGAAUUCAGCUAAUGAUUGUUAUAGAGCUAAUGCUAUAAGAGUAUUAAGUAAAAUUAUUGACUAUUCCUUAGCAACACAAAUAGAAAGAUAUUUAAAAACAGCUGUAGUUGAUAGAAACCCAUUCGUAUCUUCAUCAGCAUUAUUAUGUGGAUUAAAUUUACAUAAUAAUACUUCUUCAGAUAUUGUUAAAAAAUGGAUUAAUGAAGUAAGUGAAUGCAUAAAUAGUAAACAUCCUAUGAUACAAUUUCAUGCUCUUACAUUAUUAUGUUCAAUUAAAAAUCAAGAUAAAUUAGCACUUGAAAAAAUUAUUAAUUCAUAUACUAAAAAUUCACACACAUUAUCAAGCUCAUUAGCUAAUUGUCUUUUAAUAAAAUAUGCUUCCUAUUUAAUAUAUUCCACAGAAGUUGAUAAUGACAUGAAUCAAAAUAGAAAUGUUUAUAAUUAUAAUAUUACAUCAUAUAAGGAUACAUAUAAUCAACAUAAUAUAAAUCAUAACAAAAGUAAUAAUAAUAAUAAUAAUAUUAUAAAUGGUGUUGCUGGUACUGGUGCUACUAUGAAUCAUCAUCUACAUCAUCAUAAUAAUCACCAUCAUAAUAAUCAUAAUAAUAGUGGUAACGAUUUUUGUGCUAAUAAAAAUAAAUAUAUACAUCCUACUACCAAGGUUUGCUUUGAUUAUCUUAAGAAUUGCCUUAAAAAUAAUAAAGAUGCUAUUAUCCUAUUUGAAUGCAUUAAAUGUAUAUUCGAACUAGCCAUUUAUGAUCAAGAAGGAAAAAAUACUACAACCGUAUUUAAUGUAGAUAUAUUAAAUGAUUGUGUAAAAGUAUGUCAACUGUUUCUAUUAUCAUCAAAAAUUGUUGAUAAAUUUUCUAUCAUUAGACAAUUAAAUAAACUAGCUCAUCAUAGACCAUAUGUUGUAUCUAAACUAAAUCAAGAUAUUGAAAAUCUUUUAUAUGAUAAUAAUAAAAGUAUAUGUGUAUUAGCUUUUACAACACUACUAAAAACAGGAAAUGAAACUAGUAUAGAUAAAUUAUUAAAUCAAAUUAAUAAUUAUAUGACAGCUGAUAAUACAACAUUCAAAAUAAAAAUUAUUGAAGAAGUCAAAAAUCUUUGUUUUAUAUAUCCAAAUAAAUGUAAUAUCAUACUUAACUUUUUAUCAAAUAAUUUAAGAGAUGAUGAAUCAUAUCAAUUUAAAGCUAGUACAAUCGAUUCUAUUAUUCUAAUCAUAACACAAUUACCAAAUGCAGAAGAAACAGCCAUAUUGCAAUUAUGUGAAUUUAUUGAAGAUUGUGAAUAUCAUACAUUAUUAUUAAAAGUUAUCAGAUUCUUAUUAAUGCAUAUACCUAAAACAAAAAACCCAUCCAAAUAUAUUAGAUAUAUAUAUAAUCGUCUUCUAUUAGAAAAUUCAACAAUAAGAGUAGAUGGAAUGUAUGCUUUAUUUUAUAUAGCUUUAAAAUGUGCAGAAAAUUCAAAAGAUAUUUUGGUUCUAUUAAAUUGUCUAUUAGCAGAUAAUGAUGAUGAAGUUAGAGACAGAACCAAUUUUUUUUAUUACAUGUUAAAGGAAAAAAUUAAACAGCUCGAUAAUACAAAUGAAGAAAUAUCAAAUGAAUAUGAAAAAAAUACACAACAACAGCAAAAUAAUAAUAGUAGUAACAAUAAUAAUAAUAAUAAUAAUAGUGAUGACAAUUUAAUUGAUCAUCUCCUACAGAAUGAACAACAUAACAAUAUUGAUCAUCUCUUAUAUUUUAUAUCCAAUCAUAUUGAAAAAGAUCCAAAAGAAGAAUUCUCAUAUGAAAAUAUGAAAGAUCAAAUUAUGUUAUCUAAUGAUCUAAAUAAUAAGGAUAAUAUUUCUUCUCCUUUUAUGAAAAAAAAUAAAACUUCAUAUCAUGAAAUACCUAAUCUAAGUAAUACUAAUUCUAUUUCUAAUAUUAAUAAAUAUCUAGAUGUAACACCAGAUGCUAUAUAUUUAAAUAAUAUGGCCAAAUUUAUUGAAAUCUAUAAUUUAUCUAAUAUUCAUAUUAUAAAUAAAUCAAUACCUCUAACAGAAAGUGAAGCUGAAUAUACUGUUGUUGUAAAAAAAUAUAUUUAUGAUGAACAUCUUGUUUUAGAAUUUACUAUACAAAAUACUUUAACUGAACAAAUCUUAUCUAAUCUAAAUAUACAAAUUCAUUCAUCAGAAAAUAAAUGGACCAUCUUAGAAAAAACAACUAUUGAUCAUUUAUAUUACAAUACACCUCAACAAUUAUAUGUCAUUUUAAAAAAAAACAUACCCUUUGAUAAAACAAAUACAAACAAUCACAACAACAAUGAUAAUAUUAAUAAUAUUAAUAAUAAUAAUAUUAAUAAUGAUAAUAUUAAUGUCGACCCUUUUGAUGUUAAUCAAAACUUUCAAUUAUCAUUACAUUUCCUAGUUAAAGAAAAUGAACACGAUGAAGGAUUCCCUGACUCUUAUUCUAUUAACCCAAUUAGCAUACAAAUCGUAGAUUUUAUCAAUCCUAAAAUUUUAAGACAUGGUGAAUUUAAACAUAUGUGGGAUAGUAUGGACAACUACAAUACAGAGGUUCUCAGUAAAUUCAGUCUAAACUUUGAAAGCAUACAACAAGCUGUUGUAGGUUUGUUAAAUACAUUAAAUAUGAUUGCAUGUGAUCAAACUGAUUAUGUAGAAAAUAACUCUAAUAACCAUAAUAUGCUAUUAUCAGCACAAUUUUUAAACGACACAUAUAUUUUAUGUCAAGCUUCAUUAAUUUUAUCACAACAAUAUGGAUGUUUAUUAAAAAUUAUAUGUAGAUCUACCAAUAAACUAUUAUCAGAGCAUAUUUUAAAAUCGUUAGAAUGA